AAAACAUCAAUUGACACCACUUCAAUUACCUUCAAUUCUUCACAAUGCCGACCACAUUCAAGCUCAACACCGGUGCAGAGAUCCCAGCCAUUGGGUUCGGAACUUGGCAGGACGCAGAAGCGCAGGAACAGGCGGUCGUUGAAGCCAUCAAGGCGGGUUAUCGUCACAUUGACACGGCCAGAAUAUACGGUACCGAACCGGCUGUCGGAAAGGCGAUCAAGAAGGCCGGCGUGCCUCGCGACCAGCUGUUCAUUACCACUAAGCUCUGGAACAACAAGCAUCACCCCGAUGAUGUGGCUCAGGCCCUUCAGGAUUCGCUCAAUGAUCUCGACUUGGACUACAUUGAUCUGUUCUUGAUCCAUUGGCCUGUCGCCUUUAAGCGAGGAACUGAGCAGUUCCCGAAGGAUGGUGACAAGCCAGCUCUACAGGACAUUGACUAUGUUGAUACAUACAAAGGCCUAGAGAAGCUCCUCGAUACCGGCAAGGUCAAAGCAAUUGGCGUAUCCAACUUCUCCAAAGCGGAAAUGGAACGUCUGCUCGCGAACACCACUGUUGUCCCCGCAGUCCACCAGCUCGAAAGCCACCCCUGGCUCCAACAGCGUGACUUUGCCGACUGGCACAAGUCCAAGGGCAUCCAUGUCACCCACUACUCCCCCUUCGGAAACCAGAACGAGCUCUACUCCCGGGAGGGUACCAUCGGCAAGCUGAUUGAUGAUCCCGUGCUGGUCGAGAUUGGCAAGAAGUACAACAAGAGCUCCGCCCAGGUAGCACUCGCCUGGGGUGUCACAGAAGGUCAUUCGGUGCUUCCCAAGUCGAAGACCCCAUCUCGCAUCAAGGCCAACCUCGAGGGUGACUUCAAGCUCGAUGCAGAAGAUGUGAAGAAGAUCCGGAGCAUCGACCGCAAGCUCCGAUUCAAUGACAGCAGCGCUGACUUUGGUCGUGAGUUCUUUAGCGAUCUGGAUGGUAAGAAAUAAUGCAGCUUCUGUGAAGCUCAACCCUACAGUGUAUAAUAAUAAAUCGAGAUGAGGAAUGAAAUGCAACGAACCAUCC